GCAGGACAUCGAGGCCUAUGCGACCAUUCUCUAAAGUAUUUAAGCUCCAGAAUCACAGAGAGGAAGCUGCAAGGCUCCUGGAUGCCUGCUGGCGGAGGGAAUCUAGAGAAACCAUUCCUGGGGCUGCGCAGCCCGGUCGUGCCCUUGUUUAGCCCUCAGAAUGACCAUCACUCAGCCCAUGCCGAGAACAGCCCGCUGAAGCCCAGGGUCGUGACUGUGGUGAAGCUAGGGGGGCAGCCCCUCCGUAAGAUCACCCUGCUUCUCAACAGGCGGUCCGUGCAGACGUUCGAGCAGCUCUUAGCGGACAUCUCAGAAGCCUUGGGCUUUCCGAGAUGGAAGAAUGAUCGUGUCAGGAAACUGUUUAACCUCAAGGGCAAGGAAAUCAGGAGUGUCUCUGAUUUCUUCCGGGAAGGGGAUGCUUUCAUAGCCAUGGGCAAAGAGCCGUUGACCCUGAAGAGCAUUCAGGUGGCUAUAGAAGAACUAUACCCCAACAAAACCUGUGCGCUGACAUUGAGCCAGCACAGCCGCGUCCCUUCUCCACGGCAGAGGAGCAGGCUUUAUAGCAAGGCUCCAAAAGGGGACCACCACUGUGGGGACCCCGAGACUGCCAAGAGCUGCAGUGAGGCUGCAGGCUGCAAGAUGGUCAUCAGGCACCAGGGGAAGACGCCCGUGGAGCUGGCGCUGGAGGACAGGGCAAGGGCCCAGAAGAAGUGGGCGAGGGGGAAACAGGAGCCUGAACCCGGUAGCAAGCUGCCCGAGGAAGCCACUCUGGAGGACAGGCAUGCAAAGGGAGAGAAGCACCUGGGGGUGGAGAUUGAAAAGACCUCGGGUGAAAUUAUCAGAUGUGAGAAGUGCAAGAGAGAGAGGGAGCUCCAGCAGAGCCUGCAGAGGGAGAGGCUCUCCCUGGGGACCAGUGAGCUGGACAUGGGGAAGUGCCCCAGGUAUGACGUGGAGAAGCUGGUGAGGACGAGAAGCUGCAGGAGGUCUCCCGAGGCAAACCCGGUGGGAGAGGAGGAAGGGUGGAAGGGUGACAGCCACAGGAGCAGCCCCAGGAACCCCACUCAGGAACUGAGGAGAUCCGGCAAGAGCACGGACAAGAAAGAGGACAGAGACCCGCAGGGUCAGGAAAGCCAUCCUCAGGGGGCAUCCAAGGCCAAGAAGGACCUAGCAGAAGUUCUACCCGUCACCGAGGAGGGGCCGCGGGACGUGAAGAGAGACACCAGGCACGUUUGCAGGAGCAAGCAUGGCGGCUGGCUCCUGAGAGAGCGCCAGGCUGACGCCGAGCGGCUCCCCAGACCCCGCGGGGAGGAGAAGGAGGCAGAGAAGGAGAAAAAGCCGGCGGCGUCUGUGGGGAGAAAGACGGCUCUCAGAGACGACCAGCCUGUGAGGGGAGAGAAGGAGCCCAAGACGAGACCGGAAGAGAGCCGGCAGGAGCGGCCGGGCUGCCGGAAGUCGCGGCCCGCGGGCGUCCUGGCGGCUGACGUGGAGAAGCACUACGAGACCGGCCGGGUGCUCGGCGACGGCAACUUCGCGGUGGUGAAGGAGUGCAGGCACCGCGCCACCAGGCAGGCCUACGCCAUGAAGAUCAUUGACAAGGCCCGGCUCAAGGGCAAGGAGGACAUGGUCGACAGUGAGAUCCUGAUUAUCCAGAGCCUCUCGCACCCAAACAUCGUGAAGCUGCAUGAAGUGUACGAAACGGAGACGGAGACCUACCUGAUCCUCGAGUACGUGUCGGGCGGGGACCUUUUUGACGCCAUCAUAGAAAGUGUGAAGUUCCCCGAGCCCGACGCUGCGCUCAUGAUCAUGGACUUAUGUAAGGCCCUUGUCCACAUGCACGACAAGAGCAUCGUCCACCGGGACCUCAAGCCGGAAAACCUUUUGGUUCAGAGAAAUGAGGACAAAUCUACCACCUUGAAAUUGGCCGAUUUUGGACUUGCAAAGCAUGUGGUGAGACCUAUAUUUACUGUAUGUGGUACUCCGACUUACGUAGCUCCCGAGAUUCUUUCUGAAAAGGGUUACGGACUGGAGGUGGACAUGUGGGCUGCGGGCGUCAUCCUCUACAUCCUACUGUGCGGCUUCCCCCCCUUCCGCAGCCCAGAGAGGGACCAGGAUGAGCUCUUUAACAUCAUCCAGCUGGGCCACUUCGAGUUCCUCGCCCCGUACUGGGACAAUAUCUCUGAUGCUGCCAAAGAUCUGGUGAGCCAUUUGCUGGUGGUGGACCCCAAAAAGCGCUACACAGCCCAACAGGUUCUUCAGCAUCCCUGGAUUGAAACAGGUGGCAAGGCCGGCACGGUGAACCUACAGAAGGAAGUGUCCCCCAGCAGCGAGGGCCACUUCCGGAGCCAGCACAAGAGGAUUGCAGAGGAGACAUUGUAGUCACCACCUCAGGCGUCUGUUCAGCCCCCAGUUCUGCUCAAGGACAGAGAAAAGUUUGACAGAAAAACAAUAAAAGGAGUUUCUUCACACAAUUGGAGAAUCAGAGACACUCAGUAUCUUUUAAAGCAUAUUAUAAAAGUAAACUUAAUUUUAAUGUUAAAUGUUGUAACAUAUUUUUAGAUUUGUAUAUUUGAAGCCUUUAAUGCAUUUUUUUGGGUGGGUAAGAAUUAUCAUCAGUGAGGAAUUUUGGUAAUAAUGAUGUGUUUUGCUUUCUCUUUGUAAUCAUGUUCAUGUUGUACUACAGGAGUGGUGCUUACCAGGGUCUAAUCACCCCCUGUGAGAUUAAUAAGGUGCAUUGUGGUCUUUCUGUGUUAAUAAAACCUGCUCUGAAUAACAGAAGUGGGUCUGUAGUCUGAUUACUUCUUAAUGCUGGUGAUGAGAGCUCAGACAUGUCUCCUGAAGCCAAUUUGACUAAAUGGAGUUGUGAUGAACACUUGAUUAGUUGACAAGAUUGUUUAUUUAGGAUGUGCUGACCUUGGUCUUUAGCAUUUCAGUUUUACUAGAAAUUAGAUUUGGUGCAAUCUGAAAAAUGGAAAGAAGAAAUCAUUGAAUCAUUCUUGCACGUGCAAUACCCAGUUAUAGCACUUUUCAACCCAAUUAUCUCUGAACCCGAGUCACUUCUAUGUGAAGUCAGGCACUGAGGCUAUGACUGUGUUAAUGUUUUCAGAUCACAACGGAGCCAUUUAGUACAUUAAUAUGACAGAAAUGCAGUAAACGGAUUAUACUGGAACUUGAAGGAGCUCAGAGUUCAGGCACAUUCCUACCUGCAAGGCAUACAUACAGAGGGCACAGAACACAUGUUCCAGAUUUCUGUACCAAAAUGUUGGUCUUUUCAGAUGAUUUGGGGAGUAUGUGUGAGCCGAAAGCUAAACAUAUCUUGAUAUUUUCCAAAUUGACCUUUCUAGAUUAUGUGUGGACUGGUUAGUAGGCCACAGAAUCAGUCAAAAGUGUGGGUUUCUCACUUCUAUUUUAUGUUCCUUAACAGUUUUGGAAUCAUCCGGGUAGAGGACUGUAUUAGUCAGGAGAACAGGAAUAGCACGAGAGAAUUUAGUAUAAGGAAUUGCUUAAACAGGUGUUUGAAAAUAGAAAAAGCACAGAAGAGACUCUGGAAUAACUUGGAGAUAGUAACUUCUGGAAGUGGCUUUCAUUCCUAGGAACAAAACCAAGGGAAGAGGCUAUUAGAACCCAAGAGCUUGGAGAGAAACCUCAUAUAGUGGAGACUGUAGUGUGCCACCCAGAACCUAUGUUAAGACCAAAGGGAAUAAACUACUUGGGGUGGUGCUGGCUGUCAACCCUCAGCUAUCAGCCCUCUGCAGGGAAUACCUUAGGUGGGAAGAGUCACCUUGCAGCCCCUUCUGGGGCAGGUCCCAUGUAAUGAUGGGUCCAUGUAGGAUAUGAAGGCCUGACCCCUUGGCCCCGACUGGGGGAAAUGCUGAAGGGCCAUCCAGCUUCAGAGCUCCUUGUGGGGGUUGGCUGAACCUUGUUGAGACUGCGCCACAGCCCAGCUUCUCCCAAGACCAAUCUUGCUGCUUUUCCUUCCCUUCCAGAGGUAAUGGUCCUGAGACCACUCCCUAAUAAACCUUUGCAUGGUUUAAUCUAGACCUCAGAGUUGGCUUCCUAGGGAAUCAAACCCUUGGCCACUAGAAACUGGAAACCACUGCAAAGAGGUACCAGCUGGUGCUUUAACCUCAGGAGCUCAGAGGAGGGGCCCUGCAGUGCUGGGACAAAGACUCCUGAGGGGAGGGUGCUGCCCAGGAGGCAAUGCAAUGUUACGCAUUCUGAAAAUGUGGAAAGAGGCUGGAAGCUGGAUCCAAUUGCUACCAGAGCAUCUUUUGAUAAAGGCACCAGUAAUUCUCAUGUCACUAAAUCCAAAACAGAAUUUUCCAUCCUCAAAUUAGCAUCAUUUGACCCUACUGACCAC